GUGGCGGGUGAAAUUACCCGAAUUGGACCGUCGCUCUCGCUUUCCGAUUCUUCUUCUUCUAGCAAAUUGCAAACAAAAAUCCCAAAAUUAAAGUAUUUGGAGCUUCAUCGAUCACAGUAGUCGAUCCAAACGCCUCUCGAAAAUGCGAAGCUCAAGCUUCCUCGGCCUGCUUCGGAGGCGGCUGGUGUCGUCGGUGGCGGCAGAAUCGCCCAUUGAUGAAGCAGAUUGGACCCGGAGCCUCUCCUCGCUCAGUGAGGCAUUUUAUCGAACACCUGGUUCGAGCUCCGGCGGGUCGGUGGUUGGCUUGGCUAGCACAUUGGGAAUUCGUUAUUUCCAUGCCUCAGGGUUUUGCCGAGCAGCUGAACGAGAUUAUUAUGAGACUCUUGGUGUUUCGAAAAAUGCAAGCCGAGAUGAGAUUAAAAAAGCAUUUCGCAUGCUUGCCAAGAAAUACCAUCCAGAUGCAAAUAGGGACAAUCCUUCUUCUAAAAGAAAAUUUCAAGAGAUAAGAGAUGCCUAUGAGACUUUGCAAGAUCCUGAAAAGAGGGCGCAAUAUGACAGGAAGCGUUCAAGUGGGUCAGAAAACGUAGGAUAUACAGCUGGACGUGCAGACGGGUUUAGGUAUGAGAAUCAGAGUCACGGUACUGCUGGUGCAGAGGGGUUUAGAUAUGGUUUUGAAACUAAUUUUUCCAGUUCAUUCCAUAAAAUAUUCCAAGAGAUCUUUGAACAUGAGUUUGAUCAAGUUGGAUCAAAUAUCCAGGUGGAGUUGUCACUUUCUUUCUCUGAAGCUGUUAAAGGAUGCACAAAGCAUCUCUCUGUCAAUUCACAUGUUCCCUGUGAUUCUUGCCAUGGGCAUGGCUAUCCACUAAAUGCCAAGACCAAAGUUUGUCCUACUUGUAGAGGUAUUGGGAGAGUUACAAUUCCUCCAUUCACAUCAACAUGCAGUACGUGUAAAGGAUCCGGCCAAAUAAUCAAGGAAUAUUGCUUGUCAUGCAGAGGAGUAGGGAUUGUUGAAGGUGUUAGACAGGUUGAAGUUUCAAUACCAGCAGGUGUGGAGUCUGGAGACACAAUCAGCAUUCCAGAGGCUGGGAAUAGUGGGGCACGAGGAAGUGAGGCAGGCUGGCUAUACAUUAAAAUAAAGGUUGAUGAAGAUCCUAUCUUUUCUAGAGAUGGUGCAGAUCUUUAUGUGGACUCUAGUAUUAGCUUUACACAAGCUAUUCUUGGUGGUACGGUUGAAGUACCAACUUUGUCUGGGAAGAUAGAAGUAAAAAUACCAAAGGGGGUUCAGCCUGGCCAACAUCUGGUACUAAGAGGCAAAGGACUGCCAAAACAUGGUUUCCUAGUUAAGCAUGGAGAUCAAUAUGUGCGAUUCCGUGUUAAAUUUCCCACUUAGUUCUACGCUACUGAGCUAUGAGAAUGCUUUUAUCUCAUUCAUCUUUUUUCUAUAAUAAGUGAACUCAACGAAAGGCAACGUGCUAUAUUAGAAGAAUUUGCGAAGGAGGAAAUUAUUCAUGGAGACAGUACUUCCAGUUCCAAUGAAAGAGAUUGGCUUUAUCAGCAGCUAUCUACUGGUUGAACUUACAGGUUUCAGAGAAUCCUUGAACGUGUUUCGAAGCCUAGGUUUAUGCUUGAACUCUCGAUAUUCAUAUUGAUUCUUUUGUUGCUGAACAAAUCCAUGGGCUGAAUGCUGGCCCCAGGCAAUUUUGAUCGAGAUACAUAGACUUUUCCAUUCUUCCGAGUUCUGUUAAUUAAAGGAUGAAAGUUCGUGCAGGUUAAUUGGAGUUGGUGAGGAUUUACAUGAAGGAAAUGCACAUUGCAAAUAUUUUGGUGACCUAUAAUUUAAAAAUAAGAUGCUCUGUUUAAAUGCUAACAUUCGUUUGAGCAAGUUCGGACUGGUAUAUAUGAGCCCUUGAUGAAAAAGAGACAUAUGCCCAUUGUAUUAUCUAUUAUAUCCCUUUUUUCUUUUGAUAAACCAUCAUAUCUCAUCUUUGACGGUUAAUACUUGAACAAUAGCAACAAACACUAAUCUGAAAAAUGAACGGUUUAAAUCAA